UGUGUGACUUUAAAGGAAUGCCAUUGGAAUAUGCGCUUUUCGCUCGAUAAUCGGACUUGAUGUGCAUUUAGAUCGCGACCUAAUAGCGCCACCUGUGACACCGGCGGGCACCAGAGCAAGAGGCGAUUUGGGUUGCCCGCUGUGGUCAUACCUGGAAGACGUUACAGUUCCAGCUGCAAUCACUAUUUUGCUCUGGAGGAACAGGACACUGAAUUUAGCACAAUAUUUCCAACAGCGUUAUUUUCUUAUGUGCACAUUUUUUUCUUGAUUUGUUCUGUGUAAAAAAAAAAAAAAAAAAACUCAUUGUCACAGGUUGCUGACAGUGCACUAAUAAUCAACUUUCCUCAUCAGAUAAGUGCAGCACGUUUCAGCGUACGUAGUUUUACGCACACAAUAGACGCUUGAGCUCGAGGCGAGACCAGCGCACGGGCAGCUUAAGGUACUGUGUGGUGGAAACGAAGAUAUAAACAUAACCAAAAAGUAGCCGAGUCCAACCAUCAACAUGACGGACGGUGCAAGACAACGGAGCAGCACGUCGGGGUCUGCCAAGGAUGCUGCCGGUGAGAAGGAGUCGGGAGGUGGAGUAGCGCUCAAGAAGGAAAUCGGGCUUGUGAGCGCCUGCGGUAUCAUUGUUGGUAACAUUAUCGGCUCAGGUAUCUUCGUCAGUCCGAAGGGAGUGAUGGAGAACGCCAGCUCCGUGGGUGUAGCCCUGAUCGUCUGGAUCAUCACGGGCGUCAUCACAGCCAUUGGGGCGCUGUGCUACGCCGAGCUGGGCGUCACUAUCCCCAAGUCUGGGGGAGACUACUCCUACGUCAAGGACAUCUUCGGAGGACUGGCUGGGUUCCUGCGUCUGUGGAUCGCCGUGCUGGUGAUCUAUCCUACCAACCAGGCUGUGAUCGCGCUGACGUUUUCAAACUACGUCCUGCAGCCUCUCUUCCCGACCUGCUUCCCACCGGAGACCGGCCUGCGUCUGCUGGCUGCUGUCUGCCUCUUGCUGCUGACAUGGGUGAACUGCUCCAGUGUGAGGUGGGCCACCAGAGUGCAGGACAUGUUCACCGCCGGAAAGCUGCUGGCCCUUGCCCUCAUCAUCAUCAUGGGCAUCGUGCAGAUCUGCAAGGGAGACUACUACUGGCUUGAGCCAGCCAAUGCCUUCGAGCCCUUCCAGGACUAUGAUGUGGGUUUGAUAGCUUUAGCCUUCCUACAAGGCUCCUUCGCCUACGGAGGGUGGAAUUUCCUCAACUACGUCACAGAGGAGCUGGUGGACCCCUAUGUGAAUCUUCCUCGUGCCAUCUUCAUCUCCAUCCCCCUUGUGACCUUCGUUUACGUCUUUGCCAACAUCGCCUACGUCACGGCCAUGAGUCCCCAGGAGCUGCUUGCCUCAAACGCUGUUGCCGUGACGUUUGGUGAGAAGCUGCUGGGAGUCAUGUCGUGGAUCAUGCCCAUCUCUGUGGCUCUCUCCACAUUCGGGGGAGUCAACGGUUCCCUCUUCACCUCUUCCAGAUUGUUCUUUGCUGGAGCCAGAGAGGGCCACCUCCCCAGUCUGCUGGCCAUGAUUCAUGUGAAACGCUGCACUCCCAUCCCUGCUCUGCUCUUCACUUGCCUGUCCACCCUGCUUAUGCUAUGCACCAGCGACAUAUACACCCUCAUCAACUAUGUGGGCUUCAUCAACUACCUCUUCUAUGGAGUCACUGUUGCCGGGCAGAUUGUCCUUCGUAUUAAACAGCCCGACUUGCACCGACCAAUCAAGAUCAGCCUCAUCUGGCCGGUCAUUUACCUCCUUUUCUGGGCCUUCUUGCUCAUCUUCUCCCUUUACUCUGAACCCGUGGUGUGUGGCAUCGGCCUGGCCAUCAUGCUGACUGGCGUCCCAGUCUAUUUCCUGGGAGUCUACUGGGACAAUAAGCCACAGUGCUUUGACGCCUUCGUUAAUAAGAUGACGUACUUGGGCCAGAAGUUCUGCGUGGUGGUUUAUCCCGACAUGGGUAAUAGCGGUGGGAGCGGAGAGGAAGGAGAGGAAAUGAAGGAGGCCAGGUCUCCUCUGUCCAAGGCGGACGUAGACAACCACAAGUCAGCGGACUGCUAAAGAGUUUUAGCUCCCACCUGCCUCAAAAUAAACAGACAUAUGCAGACGCACACGUGGGUGCGCACACACACAAACACACAUGCAAACAUACACCACAGUUUAUAGUGGAUUUACUGAUCAACACUUUGUCUUUAAUAUUUGUAUCUGGUUUUGUAUCAAUCAAUAAUUUUUGUGCCAAAUAUAACAUGAGGUAUGUAGAGUUAUAUGACGUCAAACGUUUUUGUCUGGGGUCUUUCAAAAGUGCAAUAAAGAAGGUUAGCACCUUCCAACUCCUCAAUACAUGCUUAAACAGACACAUGUACUACUCUUCAUCAUCAUCCCCCUUCUUUUCCUCCACUCACUCCUACUGUAAGAACAUCAUUUCACUUUUUGUAUUUUUAUCAAUUACUCUACUGUGAUGGCUACACAAACACCUUUUCUUUGUUUUGUUUUUUUGUUCUUUUUUGACACAUUGUAAAUGUUGCUUUGUCAUCCAUUCAGCACACCAAAGCUGUAUUUUAUGCAGAAAAUCAGAUUCAGAUCAAGUCAUUCAACGUCGUGAAGUACACUGUAGUACUGUGUUUAGGUUUUGAAGGUGACUGUGAUUCCGAAAUGAUUCUCCUUUUUUUUUUAUUGUGUUAAUUGUUUAUAUCAUUUGACUGUGUUGUUAUUUUAGUUUUAAUAUUUUA